AUGUGGAGUGCUACUGAUAUGAUCUUAAAUUUAACGGAAUUGUAUGCGGAGCAAAGUAGCACCGCCUGGUAUGAGAUAUUAAAGCAGUUAUUCUGGUCCAAGAUGUUGGAGGGAACUAAUGUGAGAGAUCAUGUACUAGCAAUGGUUGAUUUAAUCAAUCAACUGGAAGUACUGGAUUUCCACAUGGACGCAGAUCUUCAAAUCAACUUGAUCUUGCAGUCUUUCCUUAUGUCAUUCUCCGAGUUCAUUAUGAAUUUGAAUAUGAACAAGAUCCUAUGGACACUCUCGGAGCUACUCAACAUGUUGAGGACAGAUUAA